AAACAUUCGACGGUGAUAACAUUAACAGAUGCACAGAAAAAUUGCAGAAAUGCACUUCUAUCGGUAUUUGAAGGCAUAAAUCUUCAUUUGUUUUGAAAAAAAAGAAAAUAAUGUCGUGUGGAGGAGGAGCCCAAGUCGCAAAUAACUCGGGGAGAAAGCAUGAUGGAUAUUUGAAGUAUUACUGCGGCCUCAUCUUCAAAGGGUGGAGCAGGCGCUACCUUUGCAUCUACAACGACGGGGAGCUGGUCAUCAAAUCCUCGCAAUCAGACUCCAGCGUCAAGAGCUCCUGGGACGUCAAGACGGAGUGCCAGAGCCUGAGGGUGGGCCAGCAGUGCACCCGCAUCGCUCCCAGGCCAGAGACGGGGGCCAACGUUCUCCACAUCUUCGCCUUGACCAUCAACAAGAAGAAUCACUUCUUCCAGGCUGAUGGCGAGGAGACACUGGUAGGAUGGCUGAAGGCCCUGUACGAAGUCAAGGGUAUCCAGCCAGGUAAUCCCCAGGGCCAGCAAGCAGGCUCAGCACCCCAGGGGCCACCCAUGCCCCAGGGGCCUCCCAUGCCCCAGGGGCCACCCAUGCCACAGGGCCCACCCCCACCAGGAUUCAUCCCGAACGUUACAGGGCAACCUCCUCCACCAUACCCACAAAGUUCACCCUACCCACCCCAGGGCUAUGCACCACCUCAGGGCCAUGCACCACCCCAGGGGCAAUAUCAACAGUACCCGCAGCAGUACCCACAGCAGUUCCCCCAGCAGGCAGGUUACGGCCAAACGAGGGUGGUGCAGCAGCCGCAACACACUAGAACGGUCAUCGUGAACCAGAGACCGGCCAAUGAUGGGUUCGCAACAGGCGUGUUGACCGGUGCCCUGCUCGGCGGCUACGGACAUGGAUGGGGACACGGCUACGGCUAUGGCGGAGGAUGGGGCUACGGGGGAGGGUGGGGCUUCGGCCAUCACCACCACGGGUUUCACGAUCACCACCAUGGGUUUCAUGAUCACCAUCACCACCAUGAUCACCACCAUGACCACCACGACUAUGGUGGGGACCAUGGCGGGGAUUAUGGUGGAGAUUAUGGUGGGGACAUGGGUGGGGAUUAUGGUGGCGACAUGGGUGGGGAUUUUGGUGGGGACAUGGGUGGGGACUUUGGAGGGGACAUGGGCGGUGACUUCGGUGGUGAUAUGGGCGGGGAUUUUUAGGGUAUUGAGUGGUGUAAAUGGCAAACCUCACAGGGGGGGGGGGGAACGUGUAAUACAAAACCUACUUGUCAUUGCUGAAAUCUACACAAAAUUCUCUGACCAGUCACUUUCAAUGUGAAUUAUGUGGAGUAUUUGUCGAGAGGGGAAGGGGGCUGGGUGGGGUUGAUUUUCGGUAAAUACUCCAUGGUAUGGGAAAAGUAACACUGUGAUGUCAAAGAAUCACAGGCUGAAUCACAUGUUUAUCGUGGCACAUACAAGGCGAGUCAAAAAAACGAUACCCAAAUGUUGGGACUAUUGUUUCAGUGAAGUUCUGCAUGUAGCAUUUUCAAAAUCUAGUAUAUGAAAGCCAAAUUCAUAAGCUUUCUUUUAGUCAAAUCAUUUGUGUGCUUUUCAACAUACGAUGCACUUUUCAAGUCAUGGAAUUUUAAACACACACUACUGUUUUAAAGUUCUGUCCACGGAUCACAAAAAAGGUG